AUGCCUAUCUAUAACUUCAAUUUCAAAUAUUUUGUGGUUCUCUUUGGUGCCACUUAUGCUUGUCUCUUCCCAAUCUCUACAGCUUUUGAUCCACAUCUAGAUGAUGAAAAGGUGUCCAUGGCUAUUAUUUCCUUCGCAAGUGGAUUUUUCAUUACAUGUGUUCUUGCGAUUACAAUUCUGGUCAUAAUCAAAUUAUUUAGAAGGAAACUGAGAAAACUUAUGGUUCACAGAAUCAAAUAUGAGGAAACGCAGGUCAAGAAGAAUGGAGAUUUCUUCUCAAUAUGGAACUAUGAUGGUAAAAUCGCCUUUGAAGAUAUCAUUGAAGCGACAGAAGAUUUUGAUAUGAAGUGUUGUAUUGGAACAGGUGCUUAUGGAAGUGUUUAUAAGGCACGACUUCCUUGUGGCAAAAUUGUAGCAGUGAAAAAACUUCACAAAAGGGAAUCGGAAAAUCAAUCUUUUGUCAAGAGCUUUUGCAAUGAAAUCAAGAUUCUAACAGCUAUUCGUCAUCGAAAUAUCGUGAAGCUUCAUGGCUUUUGUUUGCAUAAUCAGUUCAUGUUUUUGGUUUAUGCAUUCAUGGAGAGUGGUAGCUUGUUAUGUGUCUUAAGUGAUGAUGACGAGGCUCAAAUGUUGAAUUGGAACAAGAGAUUCAAUAUCGUUAAUGAGAUAUGUCAUGCUAUCAAGUAUAUGCAUCAUGAUUGUGUAGCACCAAUUCUUCAUCGAGACAUAACAAGUAAUAAUAUUUUGUUGAACUCAAGAAUGGAAGCAUUUGUCUCGGACUUUGGCACUGCUAGAUUCCUCGAUCCUGAUGCAUCAAAUCAAAGUCUACAACUUGGUACUUAUGGAUAUAUUGCUCCAGAAUUAGCUUACAAAUUAACCAUGACCGAGAAGUGUGAUGUUUAUAGUUUUGGAGUAGUUGUCUUAGAAACUAUGAUGGGCAAACAUCCUGGAGAACUAAUUUCAUGUUUGGAGAAGGAGUCAACUCAGAAGAUAAUGCUAAGAGAUAUCUUAGACGCGCGAAUCCCUGAACCUCGCACCAGAAAAGAUAUUUGGGAUGUAAUUCUUGUGAUGAGCAUUGCAUUAGCAUGUAUUUGUGGUGAACCAGAUUGUAGGCCAUCAAUGAAGCAAGUGGCUCAGAAACUUUCACUUUCUAGGCCACUUUUCACACUUCCUUUCAAUGAUAUUUCAAUUCAUCACUUGAUGAGUCAAGACAUAAUUUCACUUAUAUAA